GUGGGGUGCACCCGUCCCUUUUGCUCGCAAGCGGAUGGAACUCUCUGUCUCUGCAUCGACUAUCGCGGUCUCAACCGCUACACGAUUAAGAACAGCUACCCCAUGCCUCGUUCCGAUGAGCUGUUCGACCGCCUAGCAGGCAACCGCUUCUUUAUGAAGAUUGAUCUUCCUAGCGGUUACCAUCAUAUCCGCGUCGCUGCAGCUGACCAGCCGAAGACCGCGUUCCGAUUGCGAUUCGGCCACUACGAGUUCACGGUGAUGCCAUUCGGCCUCACUAAUGCUCCCGCUACCUUUCAGAGGGCGAUGAACGACAUCUUCAGGGACAUCCUGGAGCAGUACAUUCUCAUCUACCCCGACGAUAUCCUAGUCUACAGUCGUACCCUUGAGGAGCACCUCAGACAUCUCCGCGACGUCCUUGACCGUUUGCGCAGACAUGGCUUCUACGCCAAGCUGAGCAAGUGCCGUUUUGCCCAGCACAAAGUGGAUUUCUUAGGACACUACGUGUCUGACCAGGGUCUCCACAUGGACGACGCGAAAAUCACUGCUAUUGCGGAGUGGCCCGCUCCCAGAUCCGCCAAGCAGCUUCGCAGCUUCCUAGGCCUGACCAGCUACUACAGUAACUUCAUCCGGCGAUACGCUAGGUAUUCCUACGUCCUUACCUCCACCCUCCUCCGGAAGAACCCACCCUGGGCUUGGACACCCCUCCACGAGGACGCCUUCUGCGCCCUCAAGAAGGCGGUGACAUGUGCACCAGUUCUUCACCUACCCGAUUUUGACCGCCCUUUUAUCCUUACCACCGAUGCGUCAGACUUCGUUGUAGGAGCAGUGCUUUCUCAGGUCUUCCCCUCCUCUCCUGAUUCCUCUCAUCCUCGUAUCCCUCGCUUCCCACCACCUACCCCUACCACUGCUUCCCCACUGACGCCUACUCGUUCAGCUAAUGACGAGCCUUUUAUUGACUAUUCUCCUAUUAUCGCCGAGGACGGCAUUGUCAAGUCUCGCUUUGGUGAUUGUCCGAUAGCCUUCUACUCUCGUCAGCUCCUGCCCGCCGAGAUAAACUACACUGCUGAUGAACGUGAGGUUCUCGCAGUAGUUUAUAUCGCUCGGCACUGGCGUCACUACCUGCACGGGGCACCAUUCACGGUGCGCACGGACAACUCUGUUGUCCAGGCUUUUCAGACAAAACCGAAGCUCACUCCUCGACAGGUUCGCUGGUGGCGCGACCUAUCGGAGUUUAGUUUCACCACUGACCACAUUAAGAGUGAGACUAAUCGGGUCGCAGAUGCCCUAUCCCGGCGCCCUGACCACGACCAGGAGCACAUCCAGCUCUCUUCCUUCUCGGUCACCACCGUCCACCACUCGGUGAUCGACGAGUUUCGCACUCAGUACCGCCACUGCCCCGACUAUCGCGACAUCCACGCGACCCUUCGGAGUGGCAAGACCGUCCCGAACUACUCUCUCGGGGACAACGGUCUUGUGUACUGGCACGGUUCACAGGGCACCAGAGAGCCCCGUAUUUGCGUUCCCUCCACUGGACAACUACGAGUCCGAGCAGUAGCAGAGUUCCAUGACCAGGCAGUUGCCGGUCAUAUGGGCUUCCACAAGACGUUGGCUCGUAUGAGCCGCCUGUACGUCUGGCCGAAGCACAAGGACUUUCUGAAGGACUACGUCGCAGAGUGUCCCACCUGUCAGGAUGUGAAUAGUGCGAACCACCUGCCUUAUGGUUUGCCCCAGCCUCUUCCUAUCCCUGAGGGUUGUUGGCAGUCCAUCUCGAUGGACUUUAUCGGUCCCCUUCGUCCUCCGACCCCUCACGGUCAUGAUGCUAUCCUGGUCGUCGUCGACCGCUUCACGAAGCGUGCACGCUUUGUUCCGUGCCGCUAUGCCAUCAGUGCACGUGAGGUCGCUGACAUCGUGUUUGACCGAGUCGUGCGUGACCACGGCUUACCUCUGAGCAUCAUAUCGGACCGUGACCCACGCUUUACCAGCAGAUUCUGGCGACGGCUCCACGAGGUGUACGGCACUCAGCUCCGCUUCUCCUCGUCUUACCAUCCUCACACUGAUGGUCAAACCGAGAUCAAGAACAGGACUCUCAGAGAUAUUCUCCGAAAGAUUGUUCGUGACGACCAGCAGUGGGAUCUCCAUCUUGCCCACGUGGAGAUAGCCUACAACCACGCCGUCUUGCCAGCCACGGGGAUGUCGCCUUACUAUUGCGACCUCGGCUAUCACCCGCGUGUUCCCGCGGGCUUCCUUCGACCGUCCCAGAUGCACCCUGACACGUGUUUUUUCCACGCUAGAUGAUUGGGUGCACACAUGACGUCGAUUAUGAAGACCGCACAUGAACACAUAGCCGCUUCCCAG